CAAACAGUUGCUUGACGGCAAUACUGGGUAACGGACGAAUAUGAUCGGUCGAGUGCACCGCAGUGCUUGGCUAGUUCAUAAACGAGACAAUUAAUUUCGGCUAGCGCAAAGUGCUCACGAGGGAAGAAGAUAGCAGUAAAGUGCUCGUUUUUACAUGUGCUCUCACGUGUCAUCCUUCAGCAUCUGUCGGCAGUGCAAUGGGUAGUGAAAGUAAUUACAGCGUCUGGAGAAAGCUCCCGGUAGCCGCGAUAGUAGUUCUAACGAUAGUGUCGGCUUCCGUCACUGCGCAAGAAUGUUCCUCGCCAACACUCACUUUUGUUGGCCAGUUUCCAACAGAGCCUGAAGUAUCGACCACGGUGGGUGUCGGCUACACACUGGCUCAGCACGAAGUGAGCAACGUUCUCUCCGUCAAAGUCAAUCCAAGUCAAACAGGUUUGCCGGUGUACAUCGAUGCAGUACUCGCAGACGGCCGGUUGCUAAUUAAAACGAGCGCUCAGUUCGCUGAUUACGAAAAGCUAGAUGAUAAAUUGUUCUUUUUCAACCGUGUCGUCUUUACCUGCACUUCGGGCUCUGUUCGCGAGAUGAAUUUCAGGCAGUCGAUCAAGGAAGAGAACAACCAUGCGCCGUUGUUCUCCAAAACCAGCUACGACAUUACAAUUCCAUUGCCUUUGCCGAGGGAAUUCAAUAUACAACAGUUCAUCGACGGAGGCAAUGGAGUGGUAGCGAAUGACUACGACAUAACGAAGAAUAAGAUAACAUUUUCCAUCGACGAAAAUGACUAUUUCAUCGUUCAGUCCAUUGGUGGAUCAUCGCGUACAGAGACCAUGGCGAAUUUGAUAACGAAACAAACACUUACGAAAAUACAACCACCGAUCACAGUGCAGAUUACUGCUAUGGAUGAAUGGAACCCUCCGAAAACAUCGACGGCAAGGAUCACCAUUGUUGGUGAUCCAGUGAUUUCGUUCGUAACACCACCAGACUUUGAACAAAGCCUUUACAAAACAGUCUACAAAGAAGGGGAUACUUUCACACCCAUUCGAAUUGCUCUGUUGGCCAACACGUAUGAUACCAGCGUCCGUUACGAAGCUUCUGGAGAGGAUGCGGAUUAUUUCACCAUCACACCAGCAACAGAUCGGAGCAGCGUUACGGUAGCGUUACGUUCGGGCACACAAAUCGAUAUAGAAAAGAAGCUGCUUAGCUUAACGAUCACCGCUAGCCGGACGGGUACGGAGUAUGUUGGACGCACAGCACUGGUAGUGGAGCUUUCGUACGAACCGAAAAUUGUGCCCACCUUCGAAGCCUCCCUCUACACCGGUACGAUAAAUCGUAACAAAGUGAUAACCGUAGAGAGCAUCAAAUUACUGCCAACCACCAGUGAUAGUAGCGUACGUGUGCGAUUGUCCGGAGAAGAUUCUCAGUACUUCACACUAACGUUUGCCAACAAUCAAGCCACCCUGGCUCCAUCGAAUAUGCUGACCGAUGCGGUGCUGAAGGAAAAGAAUUUCUUUCUAGUGACUCUGCAGGCAGAAAAGAUUGACGUCGGUACAGGUGAAGCACUGGUUGUGCUAACGGUAGAGAAGAGCAACACGAAAGAUCCACAUUUUGAACAGACGCUGUACGAAGGUACGAUCACCGAAACGGGUGUACUGAAUGUGCCUACGGUUCGCAUUUCACCGGACAGUUUCGUGCAAGGUUUGCAGUACGACUACACGGGUGACACUGCGCUGGUCACAUUUAGUCCGGACAGUACUGGCACCUUCACCGUAACAUCUAACAACGUUACGCCCGAAAAACUGAUCGGCAAAAGCUAUAUCCUGCUAUCGAUCGUUGCCAAGUUGGAGGAUGAAGAAACAGCCCACACUGUAGUUAUCUUCAAGGUGCUUCGCACUCCGGUAGUGAUACCAAAGUUUACGGAGCCCUUCCUCGAAGGUGAGCUAGUGUUGAACACGCUAGAAGUACGCCUUCCGAACGUGGAGCUCGUGCUGGAUACCUUCUCAGCCGACACCAAAGUAAGCGUCGUCGAUGAUCGGUACUUUUUCGACAUCCUGGAGGAUUUUCCGGAAAACGUGUUCAAAGUAUACCUGCGUUUAAACGUCACCAGAGAAAUGUUGCGUGAUAUCGAUCGGCUUUCUCUGCAAGUGGAGGCUCAAAAUCCUAACUCUGAAAAAUCAUACUGCUUCAUUACGGUAGACGUAAGCCGAGCUGCAUCACCAGCUUUCGAGCGACUUGUCUAUGAUGGUGUGAUUGAUGAAACGAAACAGCUAGUUGAAGAGAUCGUGGCUAAACUUACGUCCGACUCCGCAGGAGAAAGGAUAACGUACACACUCGAAGGCGAAGAUGUGACGUUUUUCUCAAUAAAAGAAGCGCCCACAUGGGACAAUAUACGCAUCGCGCUUAAGUCACCGUUAACCGAUGAGGAGUUUGAAAGCCGCACUCAUUUCCAGCUGAAUCUUAAAGCAACAAACACACUGUUAGCUGUAGAUACGGUCGUGCCCUUGAUAGUGUACGUGAAGCAUUCUUUGGUAAAAAUUCCCAAAUUCGAAAAACCCCUCUACAAGUCGCGCAUCGAUACCGGUCUUAAGCUUGUGCCGUUUGAGCAAAUUAAGCUAGAACCCGGAACGUACGUCGGGAUGGCCACGGUUACAAUUCACAACAGCAACAGCGAGUUCUUCGGUGUGCAGCUGCAGGAAGGCAUCGUUACGAUACAGCUGCUAAAGGAGCUUGAUGCAGCAUCGGUGAGUGGUGUUAAACAAUUCGAGUUUGUCAUAGAAUGCGCUAACCCAGAUUUGAUGUCUGGCUUCACUACCAUACUCAUUGACAUUGAUCGUGUGGUUGCGCCUGAGUUUUCCGACCGCUUCUACAAUGGGGAAGUACGCGAAGGCGUACAGCAGAUAACGUUUGAUAAGGCAGUUGCUCUCAAACCGCAAACGAUCGUAACCGAUACAGUAUACGAGCUGGAAGGAGUUGAUAGCGCUCUGGUACGAUACGUUGUAUCGAACGAUCGUAGUUUGAGUUUCUUUUUGCGCGACGAAGUAAGCAAGGAACAACUGAAGACGCGCUCAGAAAUCACAUUCAUAGUAGUUGCCAGUAAUCCUAGCAACAGCCAGCCGGCACUAGUACCUUGCACGGUGAAGAUUAUCCGCGAAGUAAAGCCCAGCUUUACGCGUACUUCAUUCCGGGGCAAAAUUGUGGAAGGUAAUACGGUGGUCGAUUUUGGAAGCUUUCCAAUUGCUUGGGAAGCCGACAGUGUGAAGGAUACGGCCACAUUCAUUAUCGUUGACGCAGUGCCGAACAGUUACUUUGAGGUGCAGUCAAGUGAAAAUCGUCUAUCGAUUGACAUUGCUCUAAAGCCCGACGUAAAAUGGGAUCAGGUGCGGUCGUACCCCUAUUACCAGCUCAUCCUGCAAGUUACAAAUCCCGGAUCUGACACGGCACAAUGUACGCUUGUGAUUGACGUCGAAAGUCUUCCCACCAUCACACCAACCUUCACCAAAGCCAUCUAUCGUGGUUCGCUACAGGAAGGUACGAAGGAGGUGGUGUUCUCGGCUGCUGACACAAUUACCGUACAACCGGGAACCAUUAUGCCAACCUUCCAGUUCACUGCCGCUGAAGGUGAUGCGAACCUGUUUGAUGUGAUGAUGGUCGAUGAUAACAAAUUUAAAGUGUCGCUUAAAGAUAGCAUCGCCCCGGGCACCAUUGAGGGGCGCGACAUGUUAAGCUUCAUCAUAACCAUUAACAACGCGUACAGUGCAGACGAUACAGCUACCAUUGUGAUCACUAUCAAGCUGGACGAUAUCAUCAGUCCGGCCUUUUCAAAGCUGAUGUAUAGUGGCACCAUCCUCGAAGGUACCAGUGUGUUGAGUUUGCAAGAAUCGAUCCUACUAAGUGGUGGAACGUACACAGAAAACACUGAAAUAGGCAUUGGUGGUACGGAUGCCACACUGUUCACUGUUUCAAGAGCGGAAUCUGCGCUGGAUCUACGCAUUCAAGCAGAUGCAAUCGACUGGAACGAGCUAGAUGCAAAACACUACUUAAGCAUUUACGUACAAGCCACCAAUCCUGGCAGUGACACGGCCACAUCCUUUGUGGUGAUCGAAAUUGAACGUCUGCAGCAACCCCAGUUCGUCCAAUCCUCUUCUCACGGGUACAUUGAAGCCGGUGAGCGUAACGUACGUUUCGCAGACGGUUCGGAACUGAGGAUAAUAAUCGACAGCACGCAACCUGGUUAUCAGUGGAAUCUUGCCGGAGACGAUUAUCAGCUGUUCGAUGGGUCGUUGGUUGAAGAUUUGUUCAAAUUCAGUCUUAAAGAAUCGGCUGCCACGGAACAGUUGUUGGGCACCAGGACGACUCUCAACUUCAAAGUUAUUCUCCGAAAUCCCAAUGGAAGAACAAUCGAUUCGACAGUGGUGGUGAACCGCCGACUGUAUGUGCCCCAGUUUUCCAAGCACAUCUACACUGGUUCGUUCAAUGCCGAUCUGCAGUUGUUGCUAGCGGAUGCGAUACAAAUAACGCAAGCAAGCUUUGCGAGUGGAACUGUUGUCACCAUACUCGAGUCAAAUGUUGAUUUCCUUGCGCUUGAGCAAAGCGAGCGCAGUGUGGAGCUAAAGCUGUCCCGAGCAAUUUCGACCGUCGAUUUCCAGGGUCUACAAACGGUACGUCUCGUGCUGUUAGCUAAGGCAUCCGAAGAUAGCUGGAGUACUUGCUCGGUUAUGUUGGCAGUUCCUGAUGGAACGCCCUGUAUUCCUUUGCCUCCGAUUGUGGACUGUUCUAGUUGUUACAACUGCACUACUGGCGGUAUUCAGGAGGAUGUGCCCGUAUUUCCGUACGGUGACUUCAGAUUUCAGUUGCGAAGCGAUACUACAGGUGCCAUUGGUACGGUAACCGCUAUUGUAAAAGAUCCAACAGCUACUGUUCAACACACACUGGAUAUGGAAGAUGCAUACUUGAAAGAGCACCUUGCCAUAACACCUGAAGGACGAUUAAUACUUGAUCGUCCGAUCAUACCGAACGUCUAUCAAUUCCUCGUGCAUGCAACGAACACGGCAGCGGGAAAACGUGCUACGGCAAACGUUUUGCUUGACGUACUGAAUCAAUUUGAGUGUACGGAGGGUGAUAAGCAAGUAGCGGUCAAUCAGGUGCUGUUCGUGACGCAUCUUGAAGAGGAACGGCCGCAUGCGACAAUUUUCUCUACCCAACUAAGCGAAUCGUGUACUUACGAGCUGAUUAGCGAACAUCCAAUAGAAGAUGAUCAACAGGAACCUUACUUCUACAUCGAUCCUGAAACAAACUGGCUUGCUUCGAGAAGUUUUGACCGCGAAAAUGAAAAGCUAUUCCAAAACAUGGACGUACCGCAAUUUAAGCUGGUGCUGAAAUUAAAAUGCUUCGAUAACGACGAUGCAGCGGAUCAAGCUAAUCGACGAUCGAUGGUGAAACGAUCGCUCGUGAACACGGAGACAAUAAACUACGCACCCGAUAUUACGAUAGUGAGCAUUAUCGUGGACGAUAUUAACGAUAACGAUCCUAUCUUCAUAUACCCUGAAACGGCAUCCGGAAACAAGGUCUGGCUUGGUUUCCCAGAACCUUCCCUAGCUAACAGACUUAUGCUGUCCGGGCUGAUAGAUGUUGUGGCGACGGACGCGGACGAGGAUUUGAAUGCAAAGAUCAGAUACAGUGUGGCGGAAAACGAACAUUUCAACGUACAUCCCGAAACGGGCUCCAUUAAACCGACAAAAGAUUCGCUACGUGCCUCCAAUAUCAUUGAUCUAAUUGUGUAUGCAACAGAUCGUGAUGGUGCAGUAGACGGACGCAGCAGUCGCCUGGAAAUUACUGUAUAUCGUCUGGACGAAAAUCAGAUUGCGUUCAUCACCCUUGAUGCGGCUGACGAAGCCACCGUGCAGGAGUUCACCGAACAGGUUAAUCGCCAAAGCAAUUUCCAUCUAAAGGUACUCCAUCAGAGUAUCGUGCCGUUGUUGGAAGCGUCCAGUAGUCGAGCAAACGUUACAAAAGCUGUCCGACAGGUACAAAACACGAUGAGUACUAUGCGACUUAUUGUGUACGCGAUAAACGAUAACAAUCAGCUACUGAGUACGAACGAUAUUCGAGACGGCAUAAGAGCGGUGUUUCCAAAUAUUAAAGCAUCAGCUAUAGAAUCGUUCAGCAAUGCCGUUUGCUAUGGCAACCAAACCAAUCCCUCCUGUCCAGAAGAAUUGUCCGACGGCUCCAGCAACAGUGGUCUAAUCGCUUCAACGUCCGUGCUGGGAGGUCUUCUCCUUAUCUGCAUGGCGCUUACGAUUGUGCUGUACCUACGCUAUGUGAGGCCAUUGUCGAAAGGAACUGACAACAAUCCGUCGGAUAUAGUGCAGCUUGAAAAUGAUUUCGACACUACUCCACCGUCUACCUCGCCAUCCUUAGGUGCGAAGAAGGAACGGAAUGCUGACGACCCCGAAAUGGUGGAAGAUAGGAAAAUAUCUAUUAACAUUGCUGGUAUCACCAUGCAAGAGUCUGAAGAUACCAACGUGGAUGCUGGUAAUCGGCUGGCCCGUUCCUUAGCCGAGCGGUUAGACGAGGAAGAUGAGUACGGCGCUAUAACUUCCGGAACAUCUGGGCCGGAAACGACCAGCGAACCAAAGAACGUCAAGUUCAACGAGGUUGUUGAAAGGAUAGAGGUGCAGGAGCACCAUAGCGAUGAAGAGGACGGUAGCUCGGUGUACGAAGAGCGUUUGUAGCGACCAUAGCAGUCGGUUUACAAUAUGAUGUAAAUUAACAGUGGCAUAACAUAAGUUUGGAUGUAAAUAAAAAUAAAAAUCAUAAAUCAA